CCUUUAACAAAAACAGAGAGUAAAAGGGAGACCCUCGAAGCUCUAUGACUGCAGAGCGGCGCCUCUCUAUCCCUUGGCGCCUCUAUGAUAGGCGUAGGCCCUAUGCUGUCGGAUUACCACCCCCAUUACCCCUAGUGGCCAAGCCGAUGGGGGAGUCGUAGUCCGGCAGCACUAGCAGAACCGCAGGUCCACGCACCCGGCUCCGUGGCAGAAAAAUAAAUAAAUCAAUAACAAUUAAAUAUGCUAAUAUUUAUUUCCUAUCUCUAUGGUGCUGCCCCCCGGCGCGUCCCGAUGACGCCAUCGAAAGGGGGCCGACACGCGCGCCGUUGCGGGACCAGCCGUUGACGCCGCCUCCGCGGUUCGCCUUUCCCGACGCCCGCGAUGGCUGCCGUGGAGACGCCGCCCGCUGCCACGCCGGGAGCUGCGCCGGCUGCCUCUCGCAAGCGGCGGCCCAAAGCGCAGUACCUGCACGCGGCCAAGCGGGCCCGGCCCGGCGGCUCCCGCCAGCUGGAGCCCGGCAUGUGCGGCAUCCUCAUCACCUGCAACAUGAACGAGCGCAAGUGCGUGGCCGAAGCCUACAGCCUGCUGGGCGAGUAUGGCGAGCAGCUCUACGGGCCCGAGCAGUUCACAGAUCAAGAUGAGAGCAGACUGUCAGGAAAUGAGGAGGACGACGAUGAUGCUGAAACUGCAUUGAAAAAAGAAGUCAAUCAGAUUCGCACCUCAACAGAGCAGAAGCUGCGACGGUUCCAGUCGGUGGAGAGCGGUGCCAACAAUGUAGUUUUCAUUAGGACUCUGGGUGUAGAGCCUGAGAAGCUGGUGCACCACAUCCUGCAGGACAUGAAAGCCACCAAGAAGAAGAAGACCAGAGUCAUCUUGCGCAUGUUGCCUGUUUCGGGCACCUGCAAAGCUUUCCUGGAGGACAUGAAACAAUAUUCAGAGACCUUCUUUGAACCUUGGUUUAAAAGUCCCCGUAAAGGCACUUUUCAGAUUGUUUACAAGGCUCGAAAUAACAGCCACUUGAGCCGGGAAGAAGUCAUCAAAGAACUGGCAGGAGUCGUUGGCCAUCUCAACCCAGAAAACAAAGUUGAUCUGAGCAACCCCGAGUUCACCAUCGUGGUGGGGAUCAUAAAGAACAUCUGCUGCUUGAGUGUGGUGAAGGACUACAUUCUGUUCAGGAAGUACAACCUACAGGAAGUGGUGAAGAGCAAGGAAGGGGAAGGGCAGCAGGAUGCUUCCAAAGUGUCCCAAGAGGGGGGCCUGGAUGGGGGGAAACCAACUGAGGAGGAGAAAGUGGAGGAGAAGACUGAGGUGGCAGAGGCCAGCGACAAUCACAAGGACUAGGACCAUUAAUGAAACUUACUGGGGGAGAGACUCUGAAGGAUGGCUCUCAAUGAAUUGGGUGUGGGUGUGCUUUAAUUGUCCUUUAUAACUCUAUGGGAGUUAGGCUGUUUAGCCAAACCACCAAUCUGCACAAAUCGAGGAGGAACAUCAAACUAAAUGUUGCCACAGACUAGGAAGCAAGGGAACACCCUGGAGCUCGCAAACAGGAGAACAGAGCUCUCUGAUCAGAAGCCGCAGCCAAACUGAGAGCUCCCUUCUCCUGUUUGCAAGCUCGAGGGUGUUCCCUUGCUUCCUAGUCUGUGGCAACAGUAGUUGGGUGUUCCUUCUCGAUUUGUGCAGAUUGGUGGUUACAGCCAACCAGAGUUUGACCCCAAACCUGGAUUUGAACACAUGGCUUGAAAUGGGUUUCCAGCUCUGGAGAGGGAGUCGGAGCAUACAAAGGAAGAGUUGAGAGCUGGUGAGCCCCAAGGCAGGACCCUGACAGUCACACUGUGCUUUAGAUAUGAAAUCUGAACCAAGCCUCUAGCUCCAGUCCAGCAAAUGUGAGUCUCUGUAAAAAUGUCAGUGAGAGAGGUGAAACUCAAAGCAUACCAAGGCUUGAGUUCCUUUUGACAAUGAGAUUUUGGCCUAAUUUUGCUGAAUCACCCCCCCCCCAACUGCUACUUAAAAGGCGCUAUUUCUCAUUUGCUGUUGGUGUUAAAUCCAGACACAGGCAGCAUCUCUUGUAUGGUUGUUUACAGACAAAUAACACUAUCUGUGUGGGUUCUUGCUGCCUUGUUUGGUAACAACUGUUGGUCAAUAUAGGGCAAGCAUGAUAUCUUCAAGCCAAUGAACUGAUGCAAGCCAUAAUCAGAUUUUCACACUGGCCUGGCCAUGGCUACAUGCUUCAGAUUUCUAAACUAUUGUGAAUCCAGAGUUGAUUCAGGAUCUGGGACAAACACUUCCUAAACCAUAGCAGUGUGUGGUGGAGAGGGAGCAGGGUUUUGUUUUUUUUAAUGCCUAAAAAAUACAAGUUUUAUAAAAACCUCGUGGGUAGUAUAUACCUUAUGUGUUGGUAGGGAUUUAUUAGCAGCUAGAUUACAGGAGGGGAACCUGUGGCCCUGCAACUUUUGCUGGACUACAGCUCCCAUCAUCUCUGACUGAUGGGCCACAUGGGCUGGGGCUGAUGGGAGCUGGAGUCCAGGAAAUACUUGGAGGGCCACAGGCCCCCCCCAGCCCUGAAGUAGACAGAUGAUCUGCGAGUAAGUUGAGAAAGAAAUGAAACUGUAUUGAAAUGUGUUUGCAGAGAUUGGGAAGAAUCCUUUUGGAGUUGUUUCCACAGGCAAGGUGGGCAACCUUUAGCUUAUGGGUUUGCAUUAGCUGUGUCUGGCAGCUAACAGACCAACACAGUUCUCCACCAUCUCUGCCAGUGGGUGCAUUGUGUCCUCCUGCUAGACCUGGGGGGUUCUAGCCACCAUGUGCCAAGCAGCGUGUUGGUGAAUGUUGCUUAAUGAACCCACAUACAGGUUUCCCACCCUGGCUUCAGAUACAUAGUAUGCCCCCUCCCCGAAGCACCCACAUAGGUGGAAUGCUGCAGCGAUGCCUCAUCUUCUAACCCUUGAAAACUAGGAGAGCUGGCCAUGGUAGUCUCGCAUUCGUUUCUGUAGCCCAUGGAAAAAGAGCAGCACCAGUGUCUUGCAUUUAUGAGCAAAGGGCUUCCCUGCAGCAGCCAGUGUGGGGUUGUUGCAUCUACUUUUCCAGUAACACUGGGCUACACUGUUAAACUAGAGGUGGGAAGUUUAAGGGGGAAUGCCUGCCUGGGGAAGUGACAAAAUAGGCCUGGAGCAUUAGUUCUGCUGGGGAGCUACAAAAAGCAUUUUUUGCGGGGAGAGGGUGGGUAUUUCCUCUAAGAUCAAAGGUGUUGUAUGGGGCUUGGGAAGCGUUCUUUUUCAAAUUGGGUCUUGCAGUGUCAUUUUAAACUUCGUUUUUUAAAACAAGUUGCCUGCAUGAGUUUGGCUUUAGUUUCGAUUUGGAAUUUCCUUCUCAGAAAAGAAUCCUUGUAGUAGAAGAACAUCUGAGACAGGUUAAAAAAAUAAUGAUUCUGUUUUGUAUAUUGUCUUGUUUUUGUACAUGGUUUUUUUAUUAAACUGAUUUUGUUUCAGUUUGAAGCCA